AUGGUUCAAUUGCCAUCAUUAAUCCAUUAUGAUCUAAGUAGACCCGAAAUGAGUCCUAAGAUUGAGGAAUUAGAUGAUGCACCUAUAGAGAAAAAGGUGCCACUCAAGAACCCGUUUGCCAUAGGACAGAAGAAAAAGACAAUCAAAAGAGAAGCUUCUGAAAUAUACCCUGAGAAGAAGGGAUUGAACAAACCCCAGUUUACUCGGAAUAAACCGAUUGAUGUUGUGUUUGAGGAAAUACAACGUGUACUAAAUGGCCCACUUAACGAAUUGACCAUUGAAAGUCUCGAUGAAAGAUUAUUCGGCCCCGUUAAGUCGGAGAAUAGUUCUCCCUUUGAUAUUACUUAUCGAGUAAUGGGAAAGUUGACGGAAUUGCUCCUUGAAGUUCAAAAAUGUGCAUUGGAAGAAGAGUCAAAGGCUUCAGAUACCAAAAUUAUUGCUGUUUCCUUACAUGAUAUCAAAACAUUUAGUAAACUUAUUAGCGUGCUUAUUAUCUUUGGGAUAUAUCCAGUGUUGCAUAUGUUUAAAAUUGGGAUACCCAUUGAAAAGAGAAGAUUGAAGGAUUUUGGUAAGGAGAUCAAUAAACCAUUAAGAAUUCCCGGAAUUUUGAUGACUUAUGAUGAAUGUUUCACAUUGAUGAUGCUACUUCAUUCUCAAUUGUUUAAGAUCUUCCUGACAAGUUCCGACAUUAAGGAAUUAAUGAUGAGAGGAACAGGUGUAUCCGAUUUUCUUGUACUUUCUAUGGCCCUCUACUCUAUUCCAGAGUUUAAACAGAAAGAAAUAAACUUUCAAUAUGAUGAUCAAAUUGAAAGCAUACCAGAUACAUUUGAAUUGUUUCAAACAUAUAAUUUACUAUUAGCAUCGCCAUGCCCCCCUUAUUUCCGUUCAUUUGUUCUAGAACACCUCCAGAAAUUGCCGUAUAAGGCACCCAGGAACGAUGGAGUGCUUACGUUAGUGGAGUUUGUUUUAGGUCUUAGAGACCAAGAGGAAAUUCAAGUAGAAAAAUACGAACAUGUGGCCCAGAUUUUACUACUGAAACCUAAAUCCAUUUCUACGGUGGAAUAUUUCACCAGUAUUGGCGACCAGAUGUACAAUUUAUUAGUGGACAUAAACAAACCUGCAGUCACUAGUUGUUUGGUAUUUGUUGUGGAAAGGCUAUGGGAAAGGAACAAGCUUGUAACUCAAGAUUUUAUAUUUAAGCCUAUUUGGAGAAUAUUCAAUCCUGAACCAGUAAAUAAAAAUGAUGAUAGGGUAUUGGUUUCUGAGACCCAAUGGAACAAUAAUAUCAAUGUUUUACUUUCUUUGACCCUGAAGGCUUUGAAUGACGAUUUGUUGAUUACGUUGUUUUCACCCAUUAUUGUUUCACUUUGGAGCUAUAUUACUUUUUUAAAAUCCAAUAAAAAAUCCUUUGAAGUUGCUCAAGGUAUAUUGGUGUCUUAUUUGUCAGUUUUAGAUGACAAAGAAUCCAAGCAAGACACUUUGGCCUUAGAUUUGAUUAGUAAAAACCUUGUGAAUCAAGGUGGUGAGAAUUGGAUGUUUGAAUAUGGACUUAAUGGUCUUCCCCAAUUGGUGAAAUGUGACAAUAAUGAUAAGCUUUCAUUUGAGAGUAAAGAUAAACGAGUCAAUGAUUUCUUGAACAACUUAGAGUCGUGCUGUACUUAUUUUGUCGAGCUUUUGGAGAAUUUAGAUGACACUCAAGUAUCUAGAGUGUUCAGUUCAAUUUUAAAGAGAUGGUUGACCACUAAAUCCACUAGUUUAAAUGAAGAGAAUCCAUUUUUUGUUUUAAUUGACCUUCGAUUAUUAGAAGUUAUUGGUCAAAAGUUUACCGACGCAAUUGCAAAGUCUCCAACUGAGAUGCUUCAACUUAUUGUGAACUUUCUAGCAGCUGACGAUGAUAAACUCCAAGUAUAUGGAACAGAAGGUGAUGCCGAUACUGAAAUGGAUUCUGAUGAUGAAGACAUGGAAAUCGAUUCUAAGAAUAGUAAUGAAUCUGAAUUCAAUAUCCUUUCUGUUGUUCUUGAGUUGCUUUCUGCCAUUUUGACAGAAUCCUCAGUAGAGUUAGAUGAAGAUGGAAUGAAACUAUUACUCAAGAUAGAUGAGCAAUUGAAGAUGAAGGCAAACAGCAGUAGCAGCACUGGGUUGUUGUCACCAAAGAUUAAAGAUUCUCUAUUGGCAUUAUCUGAACGUAUUAAAGAACUUCAAAGUCAAGAUGCAAUGGUCAUAACUGAUGAGAAAGAGAUACAAAAACGAGUAUUUAAAAGAGCAAUUGUUUCCUUAAAUGACCCCUUAGUGCCUAUCCGAGCACAUGGGUUAUAUUUAUUGCGUCAAUUGAUCGAGCAACGAAGCGAAGUGCUCACGUUAGACUUUGUUAUCAAUUUGCAUUUGAUUCAAUUGAAAGACCUGGAACCUUUCGUGUACCUUAACGUCAUCAAGGGGCUUACUUCGUUAAUUGAAUGGAACCCCCAACAAGUUCUUCCCAAAUUGACAGAGAUAUAUUCUCAAGAAGAAGGGACUAAUGAUUUGGAUGAACGACUUAGGAUUGGUGAAGUUUUAUUGAACUUCAUUCAAACAUCAAAUGAACUUUUUGGUGGAGAAGCGGCGCAAUUAAUUACCGAGGCUUCAUUGCUGAUUAUCAGUAGACAUCAAGACAAGAGAAAGGAUUCAGACGAUAGAAUACGGAUGUCUGCAAUGUCACUUAUGGGUGUUUGUUGUAAGACCAAUCCUCUUGGUAUUGUGAACCAUCUUACUACUGCCUUGGAUUGUAGUUUUGGUAUCUUACAAUUGGAAAUUGGAUCUGAAAGUGCAAUCAUGAGAAGAGCUGCUGUUGUGUUGAUCCAUGAUUUGAUUCUUGGAACCUCUAAAACUGAUAAAGUGAUAUUUCCUUCAAAAUAUAGAGAGCAGACGGUGGUUGUGCUUCGUUAUAUCACUGAGACAGACAAUGACUUGCUAGUUCGCGAGCAAGCUCAAGCUGUCUUAGACACCAUUGAAGAGCUAACGAGAUUGGCAUUUGAGCUUCUACAAGAGGCUAGUAAGUAG